GAGUGGACGAAAGCUGCACUGGCGUCGCGCGACAAACGCGGCCCGCAGUCGUACGGGCGAACAAUCGACUGGACGGACAUCAUAGUACUUUCGUCGUAUUGUCACGAUCGAACGCGUGGAAAAAGUGUCACCGAACAGAGCUCCGACUACCAUAAGCUCCGAAAGGAAUUGGGCCAAUAUGUCAGGGCCAACGAUCAGCGUCGAUCUUCUCGUCAGACUUGUGAUUCUGUUUGCGAACGUUGCAGGCUCUGCCAUGGCUACUCCCGGUUUCGGUGUGCGAGUGAAGUGCUGCAAGAACGAUUUUGUCCUGAGUGACGAUCUGACAAAGUGCGUUGAAUCUGCUAUCGGCGAACCGGAUGCAGCUAUCGGUUACCAGAAUAUUUUAGAGGAAUUCGAUCUCCUGACUAAUGCGACGUACAAGAAAUAUUUAUCGUGUUUUCCAGAUGACGAUGGUACGAACAAUAAUAAUAACAACUCAUCAAUUGAUUUCACAAAGCUUAUCAGCUGCAUUGACAUCAUGAAAAAUGGUAGCGUGGCUCGCACUAAUUGUUCCAAAAUAAUAGCGAACCUUACGAUCGAUGGAUGCGACAGUAUAAUGACACCUCUGCUAAUGUAUGGAGCUACAAUGGUCAUUUUUGCCAGCAUCGUAUAUUUAAUACCUUACAUACUAGUGUGUUUGCUAUAUAUAUUCAUACCAGGUAUAAGCCGUCGGGCUUACGAUAAAGCUGUGCUAUGUUUUAUUAUCUCACAAACGAUUUUGAGCAUAACUGUCAUCACUCUGGGACACUUUAUGCUUUGUCACAAGCCGCUAAGUAACACUAGUUACUCGAUCGUUGGCAUUACGUUCAUGGCAAUGACUAUUGGUGGAGUUCUCUGGUUGCUAGUUAUCAGCUUUGAUGUGAGCUCGACCAUAACCAAAUUUCGCUGGGCACCGUCUUCAGGCGCGAAAGGCCGAGAUGAAAAUCACAAAUUUCGGGUGUAUCUGAUUUGGGUAAGCACUGGGACGAUCAUACCCACUGCCAUAUCUACCAUACUGCAAUUUUCGCCCGUGCCAGAUGAUUUUAUUCUGAAACCAAAUUUUCACAUUUUAAAUACGUUAAAUUCUAGAGUUAUUGUACACGUCGUAUCUGUUCCCGUACUGGUAGCUAUCGCCAGCAAUGUCCUUUUUAUAUACACUACAGUAAGGAUGAUAAGUAUACAAAAGUCAACGAGCGCUGCGAAUGAAAAUAGGAAGAAAAGCGUGAAAGAGAAGUACAUAUUGUAUCUAAAACUAUACUUGCUCAUGGAUGCGCCUUACAUAACCGGGGCUCUCGGGUCAAUAUUUAAAGAUCUCUGGAUCUUGAAAUUCUGCAGAAUGCUGCAACCAGUAUUAAUGUUGUAUGCCGUACUUCCGAGAGACAUCGUUACAAAAGCACCCUCAUGUAAGAAAAGAUCAGAAAAAACAAAUCACAAUACAAAACCGAAAAUUAAUAAAAAUAUUGAGUCUAUUUGAAAAU